UGUUGAGACAUUUGAGUCUCAAAGUAUAUGUUUUUUGGUUUAUCUUGUUGUAAAUAUAUUGUUAACUACCUAUCAAUUUGUUGUUUAUCUUGAGUUGUUGUCAUAUACCUAUAACUGCAUUCUUGAUUGCUCCUGCAUUUAUUCUUGUUAUCCUUUGAUUAUCAGUUCAUAAAAGAUGACGAGUAUUGAUAUUGAGAGUCAACAGGCUAAUCCUCCAAAGGGCACAGACAUAGAACAAAAGAGUGAAAAAGUGCCAUUGUUGCAAGAUCAUCCUUUGAUUAUAACAAAGGAUGAUGCUAAUACAGCUUCAUAUUUAAGUGGAGUCUUUAAUUUGUCAUGCACUAUUGUUGGUGCUGGUAUUAUGAGCUUACCAGCUGCCAUGAAAGUACUUGGUAUUAUCCCAGGGGUUCUUUUGAUUUUAGUUUCAGGAUUUUUGACAAAGUACUCCGUUGAGAUAUUGCUUCGCUAUAGUGAAAAAGAAGGAUCAUAUACCUAUGGGCAGCUCAUGUAUGAUGCCUUUGGAAGGCUUGGAGAGAUUUUUUUUCAAAUUAGUGUUAUCAUCAACAAUACUGGCAUUACCAUAAUCUAUUUGAUAAUAAUUGCGGAUGUGAUUUCUGGGUCAACUACAAGUGGUAUUCACCAUUCUGGUAUUUUAGAAGAGUGGUUCGGAGAACAAUGGUGGACAGGCCGUGCCUUUGUGCUGAUUUUUCUGACUGCUUUUGUAUUGGUUCCUACAGCAUGGAUUAAGCGUAUGGAGGCUCUGCAAUACACUUCAGCAAUUGCAGUUGGGUUGGUGGUGCUCUUCAUUCUUAUUGUUAUCGAAAUCACAUGCUACAAGCUGGCAAUGGGAACAAUAAAGCAACCAGCACUCUUUCCUCACAUAAAUGAUUUUGCAUCCUUUUGGAAUCUAUUCACUGCAGUUCCUGUGCUUGUUUGUGCAUACCUUUGCCACUAUAAUGUGCAUACAAUACAGAAUGAGCUACAAGAUCCAUCUCAGAUGCCUGGGGUGGUGAAGUCUUCUCUAUCUGUCUGCAGUACAAUCUACAUAAUGACAGGGCUAUUUGGAUUUCUUCUCUUUGGAGAUUCGACUGCUUCUGACGUGCUCUCCAACUUUGACUCCAACCUUGGUAUUCCAUAUAGCUCAGUCUUAAAUGCUAUGGUCCGUCUCAGCUAUGCAGCCCACAUUGUUUUGGUAUUUCCAGUUGUCUUCUAUGCCCUCCGGCUUAACUUUUACGGCCUUGUAUACAACUCAGCCAUUCCACUGACUUCAGAUACUCGGAAAUCUGCAUUUGCCAUUAUCACACUGAUUUUAAUACUUGUUAUCCUGCUGGGAGCUAUUUUUAUUCCCAGUAUUUGGGUAGCUUUUCAGUUUACUGGGGCAACAGCUGGAGCCUUGAUCUUGUUCAUAUUUCCUGCUUCUAUUGUUCUGAGGGACCAUCUCGGAAUCUCAACAAGGAGAGACAAGAUUAUUUCCUGGGGUUUGAUCAUUCUUGCUGUAUUUUCGGAUCUGGUGGCUAUAUACAGCAAUGCGGUUUCCUCGCUUUGAAAUGUUUGUUUCCUUUUAGUUCUUCUAUUUUAUUUGUGCUACUCCUCAAAAUGGUGCUUUGCCUUGUUUCAAUUUUUAAUAGGAAAUGGGAAAGCCCGCAGUUUUUUUUUUUUUUUUUUUUUUUUUUUUGUG